AGCAGCCUCUCCUCAGACAUGGAGAGCUGGUAAAGGUGCAGCAGCAGCGGCGGCUCCCCCCUCCUCUCCUCCGGUGGAUGUUGGAUGUACCAUGAGGUCUCCGCGGCUCUGGGCGGCUCUGUGCCUCCUCCUCACCGCCUCCUGCCGGCUCUGCGCGGCCGCCCGACACGGCUGCUUGUUUGAGAAGAAGCUCUGUCCCAGAGAUCAGCUGUGCAACGAUGACGGUUUGUUCGGACAGUGCCAGGCUCCUCAGCAGGAGCCCGUCCAGUACCAGGUGUCUGUACCUGUCCUGCACAAACUGCAGGAAGUCCUGAAAGACCUGAUGGUGCAGGGUCUGACGUGGAGGGACGACGUGACCCAGGCGAUCAUCAGCCGCGAGCUGAGUCGUGUUCCCACCAUCAGCUCCUCCUCCAAGCUUCAUGAGGACGCCCAAACAGUGAGUCCAGUAAAGACCAGUGCGACAACCAAAACAGCACGUUGUAAUAUUUAAAAGCUCUCGUUUCCCAGGCCCUCCAGACUGUCCGGUCAGCGUCGGGUCCAGGGGCCCGAGGGUCCGGCGGACCCCGAGAUGAUGCAGCAGUAUGUGGACUACAUGAUCCUGGAUCCCUCCCGAUCCUCCGUCCACAUGCAGACGCCGCUGCUGGACCCCUACACCUACCACCAGCAGCAGUACGGCUACCAGGAGGAGGAGGAGCGCUCCCUCAACUCUCUGGACGAUAAUCCAGCCUUCCCGCCAUUCGCCUCGCCCUCUCGCUCCAGAUCCAGAGGACCUCUGGACCGAGACCGUCAGAUUCUCCAGGACCUGGUGUCCUUUUACCUCACCUCCCCGUCCUCCUCUUCCUCCUCCUCCUCCUCAUCCUCACCUGUGCAGUCCCUCUCCCGCCACAGGGGAGCAGCUGCAGCUUUCCCCUCUUCACUGUCUUCCUCAUCCUCCUCCUCAUCCUCCUCUUUCUUCCCCGAGCUGGACUUCCCUCUGGACUACGGCGAGGACUACGUUUCCCAGAUGUCCCAGCUCAGCAAACAGAAACAGCAGCAGCAGGAGCAGCAGGAGCAGGCGGAGAAGAAGGCACAGAAGGAACACAACGCCCUGUCAGGGCUGGACGAGCGCUCUCUGCAGAGACUGGCUCUGCUGCUCGAUCACUACGGCCUCGACAUCAAGGACUUGUCCCCCGAGCAGAAAGACAACGUGCCGGCCGCUCUGAAGCAGCUGCAGCUGGACGGCUCCUACGCCCACAAACAGACUAAAGAUAAAUACGGAAACGAUGCUGCCGCGGGAACGAAGAUCUCAGAGGGCUCAGUGGCGUACAAGAUGGCCGCUCCAGAGGCCCCGCCCUCCACCAUCAAGGCCCCAAAGGCGGAGGGGCCCCAGAAACAGACGACUCCCUCUGUGGCAUCCAGCCACGACAAACUGGGAAAGAAGGAACCGGCGGCCAAGGCGGAGGGAUACGGCUACAUCGACACCAACCAGAGUGUUGUCGGACCCGCCAUCACCUUCAGGAUCAGGCCCAACUCCAAGAACCUGACGGCCGGAGACGUGGCAGAGGCGGCAGUUGCAGAGAAGAACUUCCUGGAGUCGGAGACGGGCCUGAAGGUGCUGCAGAGCGGUGUUGGAGAGAGGAAUGAUGGGAAAUCUUUGCCCCUGGCGACCCGAGUCCAGCCCGGCUCCCGCUGGUUGUUUGCCACUCUGGUGGCCAUGGCGUGCAUCGGCGGCAUCCUGGUGGCAGCCAUGACCAUCGCCUGCCUGCGUCACCACGCUCACCGCCUGGCAGCCAAGAAGCUCGGCCUGGGACCGGAGGGAGGCGGCUUCAGCCACCAGGAGUACCAGGACCUGUGUCGCCAGCACAUGGCCUCCAAAGGCGCCUUCGGACGCCUGGAAGCCGCCGCCCUGGGCGCCGUGGGAGGAGGGAGCGGAGGUGGUGGAGGUGGAGGAGGGGCUGCUGGCGUUGGGGGAGCAGGAGCAGCAGGAGGCGGAGGUACGGACUCCAGGGUGAGCAGCGUGUCGUCCCAGUUCAGCGACGGAGCCCAGCCCAGUCCCAGCUCCCACAGCAGCACGCCGUCAUGGUGCGAGGAGCCGGCGCAGGCCAACAUGGACAUCUCCACCGGUCACAUGAUACUGGCGUACAUGGAGGAUCACCUGAGGAACAAGGACCGUCUGAUGAAGGAGUGGGAGGCGCUGUGUUCCUACCAGGCGGAGCCCAGCGUCGUCUCUGUGGCUCAGAGCGACGCCAACGCCAAGAAGAACCGCUGUCCCGACUCUGUGCCCUAUGAUCACUCCAGGGUGAAGCUGAAAGCUGAGAUCAACCCUUCACGCUCUGACUACAUUAACGCCAGCACCAUAAUCGAGCAUGAUCCCCGGAUGCCGGCCUACAUCGCCACCCAGGGUCCUCUGUCCCACACCAUCUCUGACUUCUGGCAGAUGGUCUGGGAGAACGGCUGCACCGUGAUCGUGAUGAUGACGGCUCUGGUGGAGGACGGAGAGAAACAGUGUGACCGCUACUGGCCCGACGAAGGCUCCUCCCUCUACCACAUCUAUGAGGUGAACCUGGUGUCUGAGCACAUCUGGUGUAACGACUUCCUGGUGAGGAGUUUCUACCUGAAGAACGUGCAGACGCAGGAGACCAGGACGCUCACUCAGUUCCACUUCCUCAGCUGGCCGGCUCAGGGCAUCCCCACCUCCACACGCCCCCUGCUGGACUUCCGCAGGAAGGUGAAUAAGUGCUACAGAGGACGCUCCUGCCCCAUCAUCGUGCACUGCAGCGACGGCACAGGCCGGACUGGGACUUACAUCCUGAUCGACAUGGUUCUGAAUCGCAUGGCUAAAGGUGUGAAAGAGAUUGACAUCGCCGCGACGCUCGAGCACGUCCGCGACCAGAGGCCUGGGAUGGUUCGUACUAAGGACCAGUUUGAGUUUGCGCUGACCGCUGUCGCAGAGGAAGUCAACGCCAUCCUCAAAGCUCUGCCCCAGUGAAACCAGUUUGACCCAGACCCGCC